AUGCGAGGUCGACGCGAGGGCGAAGAGGCGACGAACGCGCGAGCGGCGCGCUUGCGGGCGAAGAUCGCGAGCGAUGCGUCGUUGGCGGCGAUACAGACGAAACGCGAACAGUUACCGGUGCGGGAGUUUAAGGAUGCGAUAUUGAACGCGGUACGGGCGAAUCAAGUCGUGCUCGUCGCCGGGUCGACGGGUUGCGGGAAGACGACGCAGGUGCCGCAGUACGUCUUGGACGAUGCGUGGGCGAACGGGCGCGGGGCGUCGAUCGUGUGCACGCAACCGCGAAGGAUUAGCGCGAUGACGGUUUCCGAGCGCAUCGCGAACGAGCGCGGGGAGAGCAUCGGGCAGAGCACGGUCGGUUACCAGAUUCGAUUGGAAAGCCGGGUCUCGGCGGAUUGUUCGUUGUUGUUUUGCACGUCCGGCGUGCUGUUGCGACGACUCACGAGCGAGGCGUCGGAUAAGCUGUGCGAGUCAUUGACGCAUAUCAUCAUCGACGAGCUGCACGAGCGAGAUUUGUUUGCGGAUUUCCUAACCAUCAUUUUGAAGGGCGUGAUUCCGAAGCAUCCGCACCUAAAGCUCGUGCUGAUGUCGGCGACGAUGCGCGAAGAUUUGUUUAGCGAAUACUUUGGUGGGUGUCCGGUGAUUUCAGUGCCAGGUUAUACGCAUCCGGUGAAUGAGUAUCACCUGGAAGAUAUCUUGCCCAUGAUCGGAUGGGGCGGCGUGCAUCACACGUCGAAGAAGGCGAGCGGAGGCGGCGGCGGCGAACCGAGAGUGCGCGCACCCACUUCGGGCGCGAGCGUGGACGUCAUGCGCGAGGCAAUCAUGCGAGCAUUUUUAGAGGACACCGACGAGUCGUUCGAUUGGCUCAUGCAGUGCGCGCGCGAGACAGAUUCUGCGAGCGGGUUGUCGCACGUAAACGUCGCGCACUCCACGGGCGCCACCGCGCUCAUGGCGGCGGCGGGUAAGGGAAGACAGAUGGAAGUGUCGCAGCUUUUAGGUUUAGGAGCGUCGCCCGCGAUGCGAAGCACCGACGGGAGCAACGCCGCGGAUUGGGCGGAUAAGUUUGGACACGUCGAGCUCGCGGACGCGUUGCGAAGCGUGGACGACGAAAACGAAGACGCGGGAAGUCACGAGCAGUCGGCGCUUCUAUUGAGCGAUUACCAGCUCUCCGUGGAUCCAGACGAGGUGGACGUGGACUUAAUCCACAAUUUGAUCGUUUGGAUCAUGAAAGAGCGCGCGAUCGACGAAGGAUCCGAGGGCGCGAUUUUAGUCUUUUUGCCCGGCUGGGACGAAAUCUCCAAACUUCGCGACUCGUUGACGGCGGAUUACAACGUCUGUCACUCGGCGAGCGUCCUACCUUUGCACUCCAUGGUCGCCCCGGCGGAUCAACGAAAAGUCUUCCAACGUCCACCUAAAGGGUUGCGCAAAAUCGUCCUCUCCACCAACAUCGCGGAGACGGCGGUGACGAUUGACGACGUCGUCUUCGUCAUCGACAGCGGGCGGUUGAAGGAAAAGAGUUACGACGCGUACUCUGCGGUCUCUACGCUCCAGGCGGCUUGGAUCUCGCAAGCGAGUGCGAAACAGCGACGCGGUCGCGCCGGUCGCGUGCGUCCCGGCGAGUGCUAUCGCGUGUACUCCACCUCACGGUACGACUCGUUCGCGCAGUACCAGUUGCCCGAGAUGCAGCGGUCGCCGCUCGAGGAGCUGUGCUUGCAGGUGCGCGUGUUGGCCGAAAGCGGCGCGGGCGUCGUGGACGAUGGGCCGGGAAGCACGGCUGGGUUUCUCGCGCGCGCGGUCGAGCCCCCUGUGGCGCAAGCGACGGACAAUGCGGUGCAAUUGCUCAAGGACAUCGGCGCUUUGACGGAGGAGGAGCGCCUCACGCGACUCGGCCGCCAUCUCGGCGAGCUUCCGUUGCACCCGCGCGUGGGGAAGAUGAUCUUGUACGCCGCUCUGUUUGGCGUUCUCGAUCCGAUUCUCACCGUCGCGUGCGCUGCGGCGUAUCGUCCGCCCUUCAUCAUCUCCGCCGACGGUCGAAAAUCGGGCGACGCCAGUCGCGCGGCGUUUUCCAACGAAGCCGGCGGCGGGAGCGAUCACUUGGCGGUGACCAAGGCGUACAUGGCGUGGGAGCAAGUUCAGCGCGAUGGGCGUCAAAAUGAAAGGUACUUUUUGAACGCGAAUUCUUUGUCGCCGUCGACGCUGCACAUGAUCAAGGGCAUGCGACAGCAAUUAAUCACGGCGUUGAUUCAGCGCGGCAUCAUUUCAGAUUUGCGAAGCGCGAGCGCAAACUCGUCAUCCGGCGCGCUUGUGCGCGCGGUGCUCGCCGUGGGCAUGUACCCUUUGGUGGGACGAUUUUUACCAAAGUGCAAAGCGCCGACGUUGGCAACGCUUCGCGGCGAGCGCGUGCGCGUGCACGCGUUUAGCGUCAACGGCAAACUCGACGUGAGCGCGCUCGGCGAGCUCAACGAAUCGGGUGAAAAAAUUGCCACCUUGGCGUGCUUCGACGAACUCAUUCGAGGCCCUCACGCGGUGCAAGUGCGCGAGUGCACGUUGGUCGCCGCCGCGGCGAUCGUGUUCGUGUGCUCCACGCUCACGGUGAAACCAGACGUGCCGCAAAUCGAUCCCGAAACCGGCGAGGCGCGCGCGAGAGACGGUCCGCCGUCGGCGUUGUUGGUCGUGGACAAUUGGUUGAGAUUUCGCGUGCCCUUGCGCGCGGUGGCGCAGAUCACGGUAUUGCGCUUACGUUUGCACAAAGCGUUCGCCAUGCGCGUCGAGCGACCGAAAGACGCGCUACCGGCGGAUAUGCGAGGCGCCGUGGACGCCAUCGCGCGCGUGCUGAGCGACGCCGACGCCGCGUUCAUCGAGUCCUCGAGUUUCGCUCGCAGUUUCGCAGGCUUCGGCGGCGGGCGCGGCGGCGGCGGGCGCGGCGAUGGAGGUCGCGGCGGUCGCGCGCGCGGCGGUCGCGCGCGCGGCGGCGCGAGAAUCCCGGCGCCUCGACGAUAG